CUGGAAGCAUUCCUUUGCAUGCUCUACAGUUUGCAGCGUAAGACAUACGAUUAAAAUGUAAGUAGCAUAACCUACAUUGUAACUGACGGAGCGACGUCGUCAUAAUCAAAGAAACCAAAUCGUGCGUUUAUUCUUUUUUCUUCUUGACUGUCUCCUGAUUCCGAAAACAAUGUUUCUUUCUCGUUCCUAUCCAAUGAAAAGGUCGAUGUGACCAAGAGGGUGGGAUUUCGACGACGGGACUACAGUGUUUUCAAUUUUCUUGCAGAGGAAUGCUAAGUCAGACAGUCAACGAACAGCUAGAUGAUAAUUCACAAUAGCUGCGCUUAGUGCUGUAAUGGAACCGUAAUUGCACUAAAAUUCCCGAAGCUGAGUUCUUGAUCACUUCUUCCGCCCCGUCAAGAUAUGCGGGUAUCAUCUCGUGGACAAAAUAAAGCUAAAAGUGUUUCCUGAGUGGCGGGCUGGCCGUGGGGGUCAGGGCUGGGCCUGGGGGCGGUGCAUGUGGUGGGAGGACGAUGGGGGAGGUACCCAGCCCCCCUGGUUUGAGUGCCCAGUGUGGUGUAUGCUCUGCCGGGGUGGCAGGGCCCGGCUGAGACAGGCUUACCAGAGGGGGAGGGACAGGUUUCGGCUGCCCACAGACAUGCUGAGCAUCAAACUCCCUGAGCUCUUCAACAUCCACCAGGUGCCACGAGUAUUUCAGGAGGAUGGCAUCAUAUCUGGCUACCGUCACCCCCACAGCUCUGCCUUGGACUGCAUUCUCAGCAGCUUCCAGAUGACCAAUGAGACAGUCAACAUCUGGACCCACUUCCUGCCCACAUGGUACUUCCUGUGGCGGUUCAGCGUCCUUUGCUCCUCCCUGGACUUCCUGUCAGAGAGCUACACCUGGCCUCUGCUGGUCUACAUGCUGCUGAUCUGCCUGUACCCCUUCACCUCCAGCUGUGCCCACAUCUUCAGCACUAUGUCCGCCGAGUCUCGUCACAUCUGCUACUUCUUUGACUACGGCGCUCUCAGCCUUUACAGCCUUGGUUGUGCCAUUAGCUACGGGUCCUACGUGAUUCCAGACUGUUGGGUUAACACUUGGCUUCACCGAAAUUUUGUGGUCAUUGCCAUCAGCAACACGCUGUUCUGCACCAGUCUGUCCUGCUACUCCAGGUUUCUUGAAUUGCAGUUCCCAUGCAAGAGUAAAGUUCUUCGUACGGCAGCAUUCGUAUAUCCUUUCAUCUUUGACAACAUCCCUCUCUUCCAUAGACUCUUACUAUGCUGUGGGGGCAGCUGCAGCCAUAACGAGGCCUUGCCCAGCUACCAUUACCACCUGAUGUUCGCCUUCCUCACCUGCUUCCUGUAUACCUCACAUCUCCCAGAGAGACUAGCUCCAGGCCGCUUUGACUACAUUGGCCACAGUCACCAGCUCUUUCACAUCUGUGCUGUGGUGGGCACACACUUCCAGAUGGAGGCGUUGCUGGCAGAUAUGACAUCACGCAGGGGCUGGAUGAUGACCCACUCGGCCAUUCCAUCCUUCCUGGGCAGUGUAGGUGCACUGGCCCUGGGGCUCCUGCUCAACAUGGGCCUCAUUGGCUUCUUCAGUGCCACAUUACUAUGGGCUCCCCAACACACAGCUCUACAGCACAGCACUAACAACCAGCAGUGCCCCAUUGACUGUAAGGAUAAGUAAUGGCUCUCACAUCAAUUGCCAACCAUUUGCCGCAUAGCCUGUGAAUUUGGGGUAAAUUCUUGAAUUGGUGCGGUGCUUGGAUCAGUCCAGUAGUUUCAAUAUCACUACCCUGCUAAUGCAAGGUUCUCUAGGAUUAUUUUGUCAGAAAAGGGUUUAUUUGUGUGUUUUAGUUUUAUACAAAGAGUAAAGAAGAAUGUUUUUCGAAGCACUUAAUAGCAAAACACACUCCUUCAAAACACAGGAUAGUAGAUCUCUGAUCUGUUUGUUUACUGUUUACCUUUAAUUUUUUAUUUUUUAUUUUUAUAAGCCUAUAGUUAUCAACAAUUUUAUUGUGUCUCGAUCCAAGUGGAUAGCCUAAAUUCACAGUCACUUUUGGAACAUAUUGACACCUUUGGAGACUUUGGGUUGAAUGAAGCAGAUUUAGCAGAGUAAAGCACAUAACUAGCAGUCCCUGAGAGGAAAAAUGGCAACAGUUUGCUCUAUUGCCUAACUCAUAACAGGGAUUUUAUAUUUGUAUCCAAGUAUCCUACCAAGUUAACACCACUGAUGUUACUUCUAUAAUAGUUUUAAGCCCUUAAUAAAUAACUAUAUUGUUAUCCUUAUAAAUAUAAUUCAGGAAUGUCCAAGUAAAUUUUUUGCUUCACAACUAUUGAGAAAUACGAGUUAUGUACUAAACUGCCUGCCAUGUUUAACAGUUAACUGCAUUUUUGUGUCAUAUUUCUCAUCUCACCAUUCUCUCCCAUUCACCAUUAACCCAGUUGGACAUUGGCAGUUAUAUUGGCAAAUCAUUUAUUAUACUUAAAGUAUCAAUGCUCAGUUGAAUGCUCAGUUUGAAUGCUUAAACCAGAGUUCUGUAAAAACAACCACCAAAGACCACAACCUAUUAUGCCCGUCACUGAACGAUGAGUGCCUUUUUAUUGUCAUUUGAAAUGACAACAUUUCUUAUGUUACCUUUACAAGAACUUUACAGUGUGAAUAUUUUUUCAUGGGGGUUUCUAUAGAAAAGAAAUACCUGGGUGAAAGUCAGUCAAAUGAUUCUAAAACACUGUUUUCCAGAAAAUUUUGAGACUUUAAGAAACAGUUAUUCUUGCUGUGCACUCCAUUCAUACAAAUCAUGUAAGACCAAGGGGGUUGAUUUUUGCAAUCAGGGACAUUUCUUAUGGGAUUAAUUGUAGCUAAUUCUAAUUUCCUUGGAAUGUACUGUAUAUGUAAAAUGAAAAUAGCAAAAAAAAAAAAAAAUUAUAUAUAUAUAUAUAUAUAUAUAUAUAUAUAUAUA